AUGGUAAAAAAAUACACAAGAGUUACCGACGAACAAAGAAGAGAAUUGAUUAAACUAAUAUAUGAGAACAACUAUACAAUUAAAAAAGCAGGAGCAGAAGUAGGCAUACCUUAUCCGAAUGCGAAAGCAGUUAAUCAAACCUAUCUGCUAGAAAAAAGGACUACUAAAAAGACAUUUAGGUUCAGGCUCAAGAAUGUCGAUAUCGGGAGAUAAAUUCAUAGAAAUCAUUUGGCUUUGGAAAGAGAUAAUCCUUUCGAGAAUAAUCCAGAGGAAUAAGUAAAGAGAACUUGCGGAAUUAAACCGAUCUCCAAGGAUAAUGACGGUGCAUUAAUUCGCCGAGAGAGGGCCAGCCUAAAUUAUUUAGAAAAUUUUCAAUCUGUGGAUAUGCAACCUCUUUCUAUGGUACUCUAUAGGGAAGACGUCGAAAAUAUAAGACAAACUAACAUCACAGAUUUCAAUAAUUCCACGUAAUAAAUAAAGUUAAUUGAAGCAUUUGGAUAAAGGUUACAGGAAUAAACCUUUGACGGAUUUAAAUUUGACUUUGAAAAAUACGAGCAAUCAAUAACAAGACAAAUUUAAUAUCAAAUAGGAAUAUAAUCUCUAUAACUUUCCUAUCUUUAAUCGACUGACAUCUAACUAAAAAAAGACCACUCUAGUAGUUCUUUUUUACACAAAAUCGAGAGAUUUAGAGAAAUAAAUAGAAUUUUAGCUCUAUAAGAUGAUUGA